AAACGAAGCUUACGCCUCUUCCGAGCAUGGGCAACACGGUUGAGGAGCAGUAGCCGCUGUUAGUUUCUACCAACUUAUUUACUCACACAACGGCUUUUUUGGUGUCAGUCCGGCUGUAAUAUAGUUUAACUCGUUGCGCGAUAGGAAAACUCAACAGCUUUCAAAAUGAAUAUUCGCAAUGCGCGGCCAGAGGAUCUGAUGAACAUGCAGCACUGCAACCUGCUGUGUCUUCCAGAAAAUUAUCAGAUGAAAUACUACUUUUAUCAUGGACUGUCAUGGCCACAGCUUUCCUACAUAGCUGAGGAUGAGAAUGGCAAGAUCGUUGGAUAUGUGCUGGCCAAAAUGGAGGAGGAUCCUGAUGAUGUACCUCAUGGACAUAUUACAUCACUAGCAGUUAAGCGGUCCCACAGACGUCUUGGUCUGGCUCAGAAAUUAAUGGACCAAGCCAGCCGAGCCAUGAUUGAAAAUUUCAAUGCCAAAUAUGUCUCCCUACAUGUUAGGAAAAGCAAUCGGGCAGCCCUUCACUUGUACUCCAACACUCUUAAAUUUCAGAUAAGUGAAGUAGAGCCUAAAUACUACGCAGAUGGAGAGGAUGCAUACGCCAUGAAGAGGAACCUCACACAGAUGGCGGAUGAGCUGCAGAAGCCAGGUGUACGUCUGUGGGGCUCGGAAGCACCUCCGUCACAGGUGACUGCAGUGACGGGGCUGGUGGAGAAGCUGACGGUGCAGGAUGGAGAGAAGGAGGGUGAUGGAGAUAGUGGCGGGGAAAGCAAAGAGAUGAGUGAAGUGAGUGAGGCAACUGAGAGCACAGACGUCAAAGACUCUUCUUCCGAUUCUUAAAUAUGACCUUGGACUCCAAAAAACUUCUGUCCUGCUUCCCAACAUCUCACCUUAGGUUUUUAAAUUGGUUUAGUACAACUAUGUAUUUGGUUAAUUUUAUUGUCAACAUGCAAGAAAGAUGCCUUGCCAAAAGGGCUCCUGAUUAUUGGAAUAUUUGUAAAAGAAAUAUGUGAAUAAAAUUGGACACUGUAUA